AUGUCAUACUACAGCAGGUAUAGAAAGAAGAACAAUAACAAUGGUGGUGCAAGUCCAGGAAACAAUGGUGGGAACUUAAAUCUUGCUGCAGGAUUAGGGCAACCUGAUGCUAUCUUUGAUCUUGGGAAGAAUAAGAGAGUUACAGUUAGGCAAUUCAGGAACAUCAAUUUGAUUGAUAUCAGAGAAUAUUAUAUGGACAAUGCUACUGGCGAAAUGAGGCCCGGUAAGAAAGGUAUAUCUCUAACGGAAGAUCUUUAUGAUGAGUUUUUAAGACAUAGAUUAAACAUAGAUGAUGCUCUAAGAAGACUGGGCUCAAAGAGACCACGUACCAAAACUGUACGUCUAUUGUCGGAUGACGAGGAUGAAGAGGCAGAUGAAAAACCUAUUUCCUCUUCUUCGGAGAAACAGGAAGCUAUCAGGGAAAACAAGGACAAAGAUUCCAACAAAAACUCUGCUAGUACCAACAGCAAGAAGCACAAGAAAGAAGGAGAAGAAGUCGAAGAGCCUAAAAAGAAACAAAAGAAACCAGCACCACCUACAUUGCUACCUCACGAGGAGAAGAUACGGAAUUUGGAAUUAGAGGCCAAUGCUACUAUCAUCGUUCCUAGCAAAGGUAAAGUAACACCUCCACCAACCAGCGAUGCACAGUCUCAGCCUCAACUGCCACCACUGGCAACAGUCAGCGAUGCUCCAGCACAUACAGAAUCGACGACAGGCAAAGCAGAUAUUGCCAAUCUUGUUGACCAUCACGACAAUUCAACCGAUGAAGAAUUUGCCAAGACUCUGGAAGCUGAGAUGAAUAGAGCUGACGAUGAUGAAAGUGAAGAGGAGUAA